CGAUUAGUCGCGAACGGAUGCAAAUCCGCGGCGACGGUAAUCGUUUCCCGCUCGAUCGGAGCACUGCCGGCAUUAAAGUCUCCGCGCGAACGAGUCCGCAGCGCCGCGCGCCGUGGCUCUACGGCCACGAUUAUCGGUGCUCGGAAGACGACACAACCGCGUGCGGUGAAAGUCUGGUUCCAGAACCGACGGACGAAGCACAAGCGGAUGCAGCAGGAAGAAGAAGCGAAGGCGCAACAGCAAUCCGGCGGCAGUGGCGGCGGAGGUGGCGGAGGCGGCGGAGGCGGGGGUGGGAACGCGAACAACAACAGCAACAACAAGAACACGCAUCACGUGAGCAAGUGGCAGCAGGAGACCGGUGACUACCACCACGAGGAGGAGGAGGAAGAGGAACACAUCGAUCCGGAGGCGGAGGAGUGCUCGAGCGGCUCCGAGGCGUAGCUAGACGUUCUCUGCCUGGACUAAGGCGCCAGGAGUCCCGUCUGAUCGACGAGAACGCCGACCGAUCGGCCCCGAUACAGUCGAGAACUGUACCGCGGAUCGAUGGGAUCGCGAUCCUGGCAGAGAACCAGCGGCGACCAACGCCAGAAAACAGAGCCGCGAGAACGGCUGGAAUCGCGCGACAGUUACGGAAAGCGGGCGGACACAUUCGGGAGCAUCGUCGUCUCGCGACGAGACGCAUGCCGGUUCUGGCAACAAUCGUUCGAUCGGGCGCAUCCGUCGUUCCUAGUAAAUCGUUCGAAUUCUCGAGAAUUGUCUCGUCGACACGCGAAUGCGACGACAACACUCGACUGAAGUCGACGCGCGUUCGCUUGUUUCCGAUUGUCGAAAAUUCGGCUCGCUCUUUCAGAGUUUUGCGCGCGUCGCCUAGAUUCGGCGCAUAAGAAUGCUCGAGAGCGAAGCACAGAAGGUUAGACGUUCGUUUGUGGAGCGAUUAGCAAAAUUUCUUCGGAACUUCGAUCGUCGUUCGAAGCAGUUCAAAAACGUUCCGACGCUUCGUCGCGCUGUUCGAUCCUCGUAGCGAUUAAGAGCUCGCGCGAAGCCCCACGAUCGCGUCCCUUUGCUUCCCAGAAACUAUUCGAACUAAAAUUUUGUUGUUAUUAUCAUAGUCUUGCCGUGCCUCUGGGUCCGAAAGAACCCGGACGUGGUACGGCGACGGUUGAAUUCGACAUUCGGCGAAAAGUUCUCCAAAGAACGACCGAACGUCGAACUUCUGGAACCGUUUGUUCGUCGAACGCGCCGCGUGCCACUUUUCAUUUUUCGUACUCGCCCCGGACGUUCGUCGCGUUCGGGAUCGAAGAUUUUCUCAUCGGAGCUGCCAAAUACGGAGAGUUAACUACGGAGCUGCUAACUACGGAGAACUACAGAAGUUCCUCGGUGAGUUCUGAUAUCCAGAACAAGACGAACUCCGUGGAAAACCGCGGCGUACGGGUGACCCGAGACGGAGGAGCGGUAAUUCCGAGGAUACCAAAACGUCGUGGAAGCUUCGAUUUUCUCGAAUAUUCGGAAGAAAGGUCUCGCGUAGCGUGAAGACGCGUGCGAAAUCCAAAGAAGAGCAGGAUUCGAGGAGGAAUCGGAUGCGAAUCGGAUCCAUUCGAACAGUUCGAACGAUCGGAGCGCGGCGGUGCGGAGCACGAGCAAUUCCAAAAAAUCGAUUCGAAUUGCCGGAAUCGAAUGACGCUGACCUUGUCCUCUGGAAAGGAACACCCCCGGUUGCAAUCGCGCGAGGUUAGGGGAGCCUCGGAAGCUGGCUAAUGGAGGCAUUGUUCCUCGGGAACCGAAAUGGACAGAGUUUCCGGCGGAAACGGGGACGCCGCGCCGUUCUCAUCGACGGAAUCGCCGCCCGGUCCUUUCUUCGCUUUUAUCAUAGUUCCUCAGUCGAAUUCUCCUCAGUCGCGCAGAAGACACCGGGAAUGUUUCGAUCGGGGCUAGACACGGCCCCGAAAAACAACCGUUUCGUACUGUUACGCGAUCCCCGUUCACGCAGAUUAUGAAGAACCUUCAUUUUCGAUUACUGUUCCGAAAGACCAUUGUCCGUUUCGGUUCUAACUCCGAAAUGGCUCCGCAAUGAAUUUCUCUAUGCUGUUUUGUCCAACGCAUCAUUCUGAGUAGCACAGUAAAUUCUCCCGAAUUUUUCGUUGAGGAAUCGCAGCAAAUUCUAUCGAAUUUUCCUUCAGCUUGUAAACAAAGAUGGAUAAUUUGAGAAGAGGAGACACGGUUAUUCGCGCCAACGUUUACUUUGCGCCGAGAUCCACGGUCUACCGGUAGUAAGCCGCAUUAAAUUACAGCGACGAGGUCAAUCGAAUAUCGCGGCAAUUCUUUUUCAAGCAAUUAUUAAGCCAGUCGGCGGGAUAAAAUCGAAUCGAUUCGUUCGAGCGAUACCAAAAGCGCGAUAGAGGUAUUUUACGAGUAAGAAAUGUGCGCGUUAUUUGCAACUCCGAUGAUUAUCACACGGUGCCGAUCACCGAGAAAUCGAUGGAAAAAUCGAUGGAAAAAUCGAAAGAACCAUAGAGCCAUAUCGGAGCGAGCCGUCAGCGAAUCGAAGCAUCGAAACGGACGAUGAAAUUUUCGGUUCUCCGCACAGUAGUUGCACGCGACAAGGGUUUUUUGUUCACGCAAAUCGAUGUUAAAAAGCAGCUUUCGAGCCCCGUCAAGGACACAAUCAGCCCGAGAGUAGAAAAAAAAGGGGGCGGCUUCCGGCCGUUCGAUCGUUGUCGACGCGUCCGCGCAGUUGCAUCUUGCCAUAGAACACAUUGUACCCCUUCCCUAGCCCCCUCCACCCUUGCCCAACACCCCCGUCCCACCCAUGAUCGUGUAAAUAAAUAACCGAGAAGAAUCGAAGACUGUGGUCCGUGGCUGUGACCCAUGGAUCGGCCAUCCUGCGUCCUCCGCGAGGGACGAGAGGGAUCUCUUUUAAUCCGAGGUUAGAGAGUGUAAAUAGCUGAUGAUGACGACAGAGACGAGAGAGAGAGAGAGAGAGAGAGAGAGAGAGAGAGAGAGCGAACGUGUGAUUGUGCUAGUACGUAUGUGCGUGUGUGUGUGCGUCGGCGUGACCGUCGGCGGUGCGAUUGUGUCGCGAAGAGGGAGGACAGAGUGCCAAAUUUCGUACCCUUAGGGAUCAUCCCAGUGUAAACUCGAGUUGUACUUGCGAUUGUAUUUAACGUCGUUGCCCCGCGAGCGACCAGUAUUCCCUUUGUCGAUCGAUGUCUCCGAAAAUGUACUGACGAUUUAAAUUAUUGUAUCGAUAGAGCGUUAGAGGGCGGCUCAGAGCGAAGGCGAUCGUUCCCCGAGGACAAACACCGUUUCUCCGAUCGUUCCCGGUCCCCGCGAACGAUCCCGGCCCGAGGGGACCCGGAAAUAUUCUCUUUCGCCGGCGAGAAUUGAUCCGAGCGAGAUUCAAGAGAUCACAUCUCGAAGCUCCCUCGGAUCGAACGACGUCGCCCGAUUCUCGCGGAACGAUCGGCUCCG